AUGCUUUCUCAACCAUCACUGUCGACACAAACAGGUGAUAAUACUAAUGAUUCGAAUAAUAAUACAAUUAUUACCAUUGAAAAACCGAGAGCCUAUCAAUUGGAAUUGCUUCGGGAAUCAAUCGAUGGAAACUCAAUUUGUAUUCUACCAACAGGUACAGGAAAAACACUUCUAGCCUGUCUUUUAAUUGAUCAAUUAUUACAUCAAAAUGAUAAAAAGGAAUAUAUGGGAGAUGAAUACUUUUUAUCCUCAAAGUGUUCAUGUUGCAUUUCUGAUCAGAAGAAACCACCAACUAAUGGACCACCUGAUAAGAAGAAACUAACAAAGAAGAUAUUCUUCUUGGUUCCAACGACUGCAUUGAGGAAACAACAACAGGAGGCUAUUUUCAAAUAUUUCUACAAAAGGGAAUGUAGCAAAAUGAAAAUUAAGAAGGACUUUACAAUUGAUUCGAGCAAAUCUUGGAAUGUUAUUGUGAGCACUCCUCAAAUAUUGUUGAAUGCUCUUCAGAGUCAAAUAAUUUCUUUUGAAGAUAUCUUGUUAUUGGUUUUUGAUGAGGCUCACCAUGCUACUAAGGAUCAUCCCUAUGUUAAAUUGAUGAGAGAUUAUUAUCACAACAACAAGCCUAUUGAUCCUUCACUAUUAGCAUAUAAUUUCAAUUUCCUUAAAGAUAGACAACCAAUUGAGCUUCCUAAAAUUUUAGGUCUUACUGCGACACCGGCUUCUCAAUCUCUCUACAAGACAAGUCUUAAUGAACAUACCUUAUUUUUGAGAAAGGCCAAAUUAGAAUUUAGCCUUGAUGCUUCCAUCAAAGUACCUUAUGAUUACAUGGAAGAGAUGAAAAAACAUGUCAACAACCCGAGACAACAUAGCGUAGCUUAUUCAUCUAAGAGUGAGUUGAUAGAGCCAUUGAAUGCAUUGAAAACGUUUCAUUCAUAUCAUAAUUUUAGAGAUAUAUCAGUUGAUGAUAUAGAGAAGAAUUAUCGUGAAUUAGGUUUGAUUGGAAGUCUUAUAAUUAUUUCACUAAUAUGUGAGUUGGAUGUUUUUGAGUCUUUCAAAUCAUUUUAUCCAAUUUUUAACUUGAAUCAACCAAUUGAGUUUUCAAGUAUGAAUGAAAUUAAUUCUUCACCUUUCAUUUCAGAUAAGGUCAAAAUUCUAUUUGAUUUAGUCGAUACAUAUGAAAAUACAAACGAAAAUAUGAGAUGUAUCAUAUUUGCUGAGCGAAUUGUUCAUGUAAAGGCAAUUGUAAAAAUGUUUAGAAUGUAUAGAAAGUUUAUACCUCUAAAUUGUAAAGAGUUGAUAGGAAGUUCAGUUAUGUCUCGACAAGCUCAAGCAACUGUAGUGAAGGAAUUUUCACACACUACUCGACUUCUCGUAGCUACAAAAGCCGGAGAAGAGGGUCUGAACAUUUCCAAAUGCUCUUUAGUGGUUCAAUUUGAUAUUUGCAACACAACUAGAGAACAUAUCCAGUCUAUGGGUAGAGCGAGGCACGAACUUUCAAGAUAUGUAGUACUUUAUGAUAAGGAUGAUUAUUCCCAAAUCAUCAUGUUAACCAAUAUGGGUAACAAUGAGCGAAGCAUCAUUGUAGAUACUGCCUUGGAGGAGCUAAAAGAAUAUAUUAAAUCUGAGAAGGUUAUUAUUACAAAUGAUACACAAGAGGAUAUUGAACCACUCAUUUCUUCAAUAGAGAAUCUUUCAGAUGACGAAGAGAUAGAGAAGAAAGAUACAUACAUUCCAAAGCCAAUUAGAUAUGAGGGGCCUAAAGACAACAAUAAUGUCAAAUUAUUUGUUAGUCAAAUGAUAAUCAAUAGCAACGGAAAGGAAGAAAUGACUGCUCUUUUGACUUUUGGAGAGAUUCAAUAUCCGUUUGAAGUGACUAUGCAUCCUUUAUGGCUGAAACUUUUCCCUUGUGGAUUCAUAACAGUAACCAAGUCUGAAUAUGAAAAAUUGAUUGCAUUUUACAUGAGAUUAUGUAGAAUUAUUUACAAUAAUUAUGCUCUUAAAGAUUAUUUUUAUGGAGAUGGAAGAUUCUACUUGGUACUUCCUUCUUGUAGAGGAAACCAACCAAGGGAUGUCAUAGAUUGGAAUGUGAUAUAUACAUUCGAAAAAGAGUUAUCCCAGAGUGAGAAAGAUUAUCCCCAGUCAAUGACUAUAUUAGAUCAUUUGAGAUUAGGAGUGAGGGUACCGAUCGAUUAUUUUAUUGUAACCACAUAUAAUAAGGAUUUUUAUGCUCCAAAUUAUAUUGAUGAGAGUUCUACACCCUUAGAAUCUUUUGAGAAACAAGGAUCUACUAUAACUUACCAAAGCUAUUUGAAGGAUAGAUAUGAAAUUAUGUGUGAUUCAAAUCAACCAAUGUUAUCUGCAUAUUCUCUCAAGUACCACAGAUAUGUCAUGUUGAUACCAGAAUUCUGCAAACCAACUAGUUUAAGGAUAGAUUUUAUCGAAUCCCUAAGAGCAGUAUUUAAGACGUCCAAUGAAGGAACAUUGAUGAGUUUAGUAGAGCAGACCCUUGUAGCCCACGAUUUGAAAAAUCAAAUGUUUCCAAGUUGUGGUUAUAUUAACUUGUCAGAGUUAAGAAAUGCAAUAACGCACAGAACUAGUCAGAAUCUGGAUACUAACUAUGAAAGAUACGAAUUUUUUGGUGAUACUAUAUUGAAAUAUGCUGUUGUUUUGGAUAUAGUUCUGAGAUUUCCAUUCGAGAAUAUGAAAUUUUAUAAUGAGGAAAAGACUGCCAAAGUUUCAAACUCCAAUUUGAGGAAGUUGGCCCAAAAAUUAUCUAUUAUGGACUUCUUUAUCGAAACUCAGUACUAUCAUCACAAUGUGGCUGGUAUUGCUUUCUCUAAAAGCGAACAGGAAGCUUCUGUGAAAGGCAAAAAAGUACGUGCUGAUAUAAUUGAAAGUUUAAUUGGUCUCGUUGGUAAACACAGUAUUGAAGAAGGUGUAAAAUUGGCUAGAGAUUUGAAACUGGUCAAAAAGCAGAAUUUUAUUGCUGACAAAUUUAUAUUGAAUUCAAAUCCAGAAUAUGUCAAGCGUAUCAUUGAAAACACAAUACCAGACAUUGAGAAAAAUGCUAAAGAAUUGGAACGAAUUAUUGGAUACAAAUUCAAAAAUAUUCUAUAUGCAUACUACACAUUAAUUCACCCCUCUGUUGAUAUUGGUUUUAAUGUGAAUUAUGAAACUCUGGAAUUCGUUGGCGAUGCUGUCUUGGAUUUAUAUGUUUCUCGAACAAUGUUCCAUAAUUUUUAUCUGGACCAGAGUGAAAUGCACACGUUCCGUUCCAAUUUUGUAAGAAAUACAGCAUUGGAAAAGAUAGCCAAAGACUUUAGAAUUGAUCAACUGUUGUUUGUAAAGAAAGAUCUGAAACUUAAAGCCAAAUCUAUUUCAGAUGUGAUGGAGGCAUUGAUUGGUGCUGUUGCUCUCGACUCUAAUCUUGAUUGGGAUAAGAUUACUGAUCUGAUGGAGUUAAGCAUAUUCUCACCUAAAUUACGUGACUGGCUUGAAGGUAUUGAAACCUAUGAAAAUGAAAAACUACUCAAAUCACCAAAACAAGAAUUGAAUAAGGUGAUUAAUAUCAAAGUUAGAUUGAAGAAAUACAAAAAUAAGGAUAUGUUUAAAUUUUGCCUACCAGUGGAUCCAUUAUUGGCUUGA